AUGGUCCAGGAGGCAAGUGUUGGUUACAAUGAUGAGAGAAAGGUACAGAUUUCAUUCCCAGUGGUGGAGAAAAAGAACGAUAAGGUAGGAGUCUUUGGUACAGGUGCAUGGGUCUUUGGUACAGAUGCAGACUGGAGACAAAUAAAGCAGGGGAUACAGAAAACCUGUCUUGAAGCUGGAUACAGACAAGGAUUUCUGGACCAGCUUGCGGCGCGUCGUCGUGGCAACCGGCCAGCCCACGCACGUCACUUCCUGGACUGUGGUGACGCAGAGACCGGAGGUGCCGGACGGGGAAGCCAGGUGGACCGCGAUGCACGCUGCUGCGAGCGGGGGAAGGGGGGCAGUCUUUUGACUGGCACAGCUAUUAGAGCGGUCCAUCUAUAUUGCGAGAAGAGGCUCCAAGCCCCUACCCAGCAGAAAGGGAGCUCCAGCACAUAUACCAGUGAUGCCGCGCACAUCGGAGGCAAAGCAGGUCCGCUUCUGACAGAAAGGUUAUCCCCCACCUGCCACCUUUCAUCCCUCACACACUCCUGGUUAAUCACCCUGCACCACUUUCACUGCACAGGAGACAUGGAAACAGAGAAGACAAAAAGGAAAAGACAGAAUGUUGGCAUGACAGCAAGCAAAGCAAGCAACUGAGAUCAAAUAUGUGUAAUUCAAUCACUGGGAAGCUGGCCACAAUCUUAGUCAGUCCCCCCUCACUUUCUACAGCCAAAUAAUUGGUGUGAUAUUUCAUUCCACCUUAUAGUAAAUGAUUCCCAGUCAGACACCUCACAGUGUACUAAAGUCUCUU